UCAUGGUGCGCAUGAACGUUCUCGCCGAUGCGCUGAAAAGCAUCAACAAUGCAGAGAAACGUGGGAAACGCCAGGUUCUCAUCAGACCCUGUUCCAAAGUCAUAGUGCGCUUCCUCACUGUGAUGAUGAAGCACGGUUACAUUGGCGAAUUUGAGAUCAUCGAUGAUCACAGAGCCGGAAAAAUUGUUGUCAAUCUGACAGGCAGGUUGAACAAGUGCGGUGUCAUCAGCCCAAGGUUUGAUGUUCAGCUGAAGGAUUUGGAGAAGUGGCAGAACAACCUCUUGCCCUCCAGACAAUUUGGAUACAUUGUGUUGACAACCUCAGCUGGUAUCAUGGACCACGAGGAGGCCAGGCGAAAACACACUGGAGGAAAAAUCUUAGGGUUCUUUUUCUAAACAUGUAACAAAGGCGCCAACAAAUAAACUCAUUUCCAGUGGA